CGCCGCAGCGCUCAGGGAGCUCGGCCCCGCCGCCUCACCGCGCUCCGCCGCCGCGCUCCCCGGCCCUCCGGCCCCGCACCGGCCCCCGCAGCGGCUCUCCAUGUACGACAACUUGUACCUGCAUGGGUUUGAAGACUCGGAGGCGGGCUCAGCAGAUUCGUACACGAGCAGACCCUCAGACUCUGAUGUCUCUUUGGAAGAAGACAGGGAAGCAAUCCGCCAGGAAAGAGAGCAGCAAGCAGCCAUCCAGCUUGAGAGGGCCAAGUCCAAACCAGUAGCAUUUGCUGUCAAGACCAACGUGAGUUACUGUGGGGCUCUGGAUGAAGAUGUUCCUGUCCCAAGCACUGCCAUCUCCUUCGACGCCAAGGACUUCCUCCACAUUAAAGAGAAAUACAACAACGACUGGUGGAUAGGGAGGCUGGUGAAGGAGGGCUGCGAGAUCGGCUUCAUCCCGAGCCCGCUGCGCCUGGAGAACAUCCGCAUCCAGCAGGAGCAGAAGAGGGGCCGCUUCCACGGCGGGAAAUCCAGUGGGAAUUCUUCUUCAAGCCUUGGAGAGAUGGUUUCUGGCACAUUUCGGGCCACACCUACAGCCACAGCAAAACAGAAACAAAAAGUGACAGAACAUAUUCCCCCCUAUGAUGUAGUGCCAUCAAUGAGACCUGUGGUGUUGGUGGGCCCAUCACUCAAAGGCUAUGAGGUGACAGACAUGAUGCAGAAAGCUCUCUUUGACUUCCUGAAGCACAGGUUUGAUGGGAGGAUAUCCAUCACCAGAGUGACAGCUGACAUCUCCCUGGCCAAGAGAUCUGUGCUCAACAACCCCAGCAAGAGGGCGAUCAUCGAGCGCUCCAACACGCGCUCCAGCCUGGCUGAAGUGCAGAGUGAGAUUGAAAGAAUCUUUGAGCUGGCCAGGUCCUUACAGCUGGUUGUCCUGGAUGCAGACACUAUAAAUCACCCUGCACAGCUUAUCAAGACAUCUCUAGCACCAAUUAUUGUCCAUGUGAAGGUGUCCUCUCCAAAGGUUUUGCAGCGACUGAUCAAGUCCAGAGGGAAGUCACAAAGCAAACACUUGAAUGUCCAGUUGGUGGCAGCUGAUAAACUUGCACAAUGCCCACCAGACAUGUUUGACGUGAUCCUGGACGAGAACCAGCUGGAGGACGCCUGCGAGCACCUGGCCGAGUACCUGGAGGCGUACUGGCGAGCCACGCACACGUCCAGCGCCGCGCCCAUGACGCCGCUGCUGGGCAGGAGCCUGGCGUCCAGCGCGCUGUCCCCGUACCCCGCCGCCAUCUCCGGCCUGCAGAGCCAGCGCGGGAGGCACGGCGGCCACUCCGCGGAGAACUCGCCCGUCGAGCGGCGCGGCCUCAUCACCUCCGACGAGAACUACCACAACGAGAGGGCUCGCAAGAGCAGGAACCGCCUGUCUUCCAGCUCCCAGCACAGCCGAGACCACUACCCCCUCGUGGAGGAGGAAUACUCCGACCCCUACCAGGACUUGUACAAACCCCACCGGACCCGCGGCUCCCCCGGCGGAUACAGCCACGACUCACGGCACCGGCUCUGAGUCCGGGACUGGGGAAAACCAGGAUCCGUCCCUUGAAUCCUCGCCAUAACGUAGCUAGAAAUAACAAUUAGAUCAUGUUAAUUUGGCAGGUGUGACGGUGACACUGCGGUCGCGCUCUGCUGUCAUUGAUGUUUAAUUAGGGGGCAGCAAAACCCAGCCCGGCCCUUCCGUUUCUGCCCGAUCAUAGAGGUUGUUUUUGGGAUUAUUUUUGGGUUUAAUACAGCGUUUGCAUUUAUAGCCAUAUUUUUUUCUUGUCCUUAGGUAUUAGACACAUCCGUUUGUAAUUUUGGGUACUUAUCGAGGCACUUAUAAAAUGAUUUCCUGUGCUGGAAAUUCCAAAUGACCAGUUCCAGUUGGAACCAAUUUAUAAACCAAUUCCUGUUGGAAUUUGGGUGAAUUGACUGGAAAGUCGACGUGAGCAUGUUGGGAAAAAAAAAAAAAAACAAACACAAAGAAAAAUCUGAAAAUCACAAACCACUGAAAGUCAGAAAGUCAGCUCCAGUAUUUGUUUGCUGGGAGCUCAGUUUCCAUUUCAGGUUAGAAUAAAAGGAUUUAUUCUAAUGAUUUUUUUUUCCAGAAUGGCUUUUUCAGACAAACCAAAUGUAAACUCUCGAGAGUGCCAAAUACCCCAAAUUAUUGCAGCAGUUACAAAACGCUUUCCAGUUCAAAAUUAUUUUUAGACCUGGCAUGAAUGUUGCAGCCAAAUGAUUCUUGAGUUCAGCCAGUCCUGACAGCUUUGUCGGGACCAGCAGGGAGGAACUGCGACAGGAGACGGGAAAUAGGGACAGGAAAAGGAACAAACUCCAUCGCCUGUGUGCGUGGAGGUUGGGAAGAGUCUUUUUUUUCCCCACUCUUUCACCUGAGUACAGCUAGAAGUCCCAAAACAUACCAGGAGUAUUGAGACAUCAGGUUUUUCUCCCAUUUUUAUCCUGCUUUUAAAAGGGAAAACACCCCCCUCCUCUGACCCCGUGUGUAGAGUACCUCCAUCGCAGUAGCCCGGGUAGCUGCCCACGAGUUCCAUCUCCCCAGAGGCACCUCUGAAUGUCUGACAGUCCCAGCGGCGCACAAGAACCCUCCAGAAGAUCCAUUCCAGCCAUGAAACCCCAGGGGAGGGAGUGGGCUUAACCAGUCAUCAGUGAUGAACAUUUCCAACAGCAUCUCGGUCAGAAUUGCAAUAAAAAGGGAAUAUCAGACAAAAAUCUGCUCCCAGGGAAGUCCUAGAGCUGAUUCCAAGCUUUGGAUUCCAAGAGCCGUGAUAAAUCCUUGGAGUUACUGCUGCCUUACUUCCUACCAAUCAUUCCUUUCACCUGCUGAGUCUUGAGUUCCUUCCGAGAGAUGAAUUUCUGUGGUUGCACCUUGUGUUCUACACCAUCAGUGAAGCCUUAGAUCCCGUGGGAUUGAAAAUUGGCCCCCGUUGCCCGUUUUGUACAACCACUGACAUCUUCCAGCAGAGCCUCCCGAAAUUCCCCGCCGCACACAUUCCCUGGAGUUCAGUUCUGCUGAACAUGCAUUGUUUAUGCAGGUUCAUGUCACAACUUCUUUUCUUUUCCCCAAAAUAAGGAUCCUUAACUUUUUUAUUUGCUUGUUUUCCUCCCAAAGCCUGCUGAAGCCAGGCUUUGAAAGCAUGUAGCACUAAAGGAAUUUCUGGAAUAUUCCAGUUUCUUCUACUUCCUGGACCAGUUGGCAAAGGCCACUGGUGUUUCCACUGGAGUCUGAUUAUCCUCUUGAAGUUACUGGGAAAAGCAAUCCACGUCCUUUGUGGGACACUCAAACUCACACCCAUCUCCAGCAGCAUUAAAAGGUGGCACACACCUGAUUAAUUAAUUAAUCAUUGUAACGAGCCCACUGCCUGACAGGCAGCUCCAGCACCACUGGGUGAGCAUUCCCAAGGAAAAUGGAGAUCUGUGCAUCCACUGCAGUCCCGGAGUUCUGGAUGGAUCUGCCAGACCUGAUCCUGCCCGAUUCCCUCUGGCUGCAGAUGCCGGAGGAGCGCUGAGGCUGAGGGGACACGGCAGGACCUGGCCUGGGACAGCAGCUCCUCCAGGAUUCUGACUGCAGCACAGUGGGGCAUCCUCCAGGAAGUUUUCCAGCCCUUUUUCCAUGUACAGCACACAGACCUGCAUGAGAAAGGAGGCCUUAGGCGACCCCUUCUUCUCUGAGCUUGUUCGUGCAUUGAAGUCCUGAUUGCAGGGAGCUGUAGAACCCUGGGCAGCAGCUGCUUCUCUUUAUUCUGCACUAGAUUAGGGAUCAGCUCAUUAACUGCUUGAGGAGAUUUGCAUAUUUGCAUAUUUGCAGUCGCUGCAAAGCACAUAGAUUUCCUAGAGCCUUGUUUUUAAGUCUUCCAUGUCACCCCAGGCCAGGGAAGGAUCCCCAGGCACCACACCUCUGCACAGUCCAUCCCCUGAACAUCUCAAGUGCCAAAACGACUUGGGUUUGACAAAAACAAACCCGUGAGGAAGUCAGGGAUGGGCCUGGGGCCCUUCAUGCCAUGGCCUUGACUCCUGGGUGUGCUGAGUUUCUCCCGUUCCAUUGUAAUGAAAGGAACCAGGGGCCCUGCAAGUCUCUCUCCCUCCUCGCUGGGGUGUUUAAAUCUUUGAGAAGAGAUACUCAAAUACAAAUACACCAUGCUGGGGGACACUUUAUUUAGUGCAGAUACCAUGGGCAGGCUUUGUUUGAAAAGGGAUUUGUGUUGAGGACACAGCGAGGAGUGAAAGCUGUGCUGGGGAUCAGGAUUGGAACUCCCGGGGAUCCCAGCACUGCUGAGCAGCUCUGUUGUGGCUGAGUUGAAAUUGUGGAGUUCAUGUGUUCCUGGCCGAAGCAAUCCAGCCUCAUUCUCCAGUCCUCACAUCAUUUCUUGGUAUUAAAAUAAUGCUGAAGACCAGAGCUCUGUUCUGAGCUCUGGCACAGACAGAGGGUUUAGAAAUGUUUAUAAAAUAGAGAUUUUUUUAAAGUUUUGUUGUUAUCCGAGUUUCUCGUUCAGGACACUCUGGGAUUAGCAAGGAUUUAACCAAUCAAGGUGAUAACAAUAAUCUGUAAAGAGAAAAUUCAGCACAUUCUUAUGUUUGGGAAUCAACUCUUUUAAUUGUUAACCUUUGAAUUUCAAAUACUUUCUCCUUGGAGUUGUAUUUAACAUGUACAGAUUGUUUUCCUGAUGCCAAACAUUUCUCCCAUGGGAUGUGCAGCUCACAGCUGCUGAUAUCUGUAACUCCAGUUGGAUGCCAAAUCUGAAUUCACCACAGAAUCCCCUGGAGCAUCCAGACUCUCCCAUCUUUACUGACUUCACCAUUCUAAAAUAAUGUUGUUAUUCCUGUUGUUCACAGCACAGUGAUUUGGGUAAGUCAGGGGUUCUGACACUCCUUUUUUCUUUAAUAAUCCAUUGAAUGUGUCCUCUGCUGCUUUUCUUUCACAAGUUCAGUACUCCUGACACUUGUCCUUGAUUCCACAUUCCUGAUUUUUUUAAGGCAAAAUAAUUGGGGACUACACAUGACAAAAUCAGAUAUAUAUUUUAUAAAAUGCCAUUUAUACAAACCUGGGUUUGCUCCUAAAAAUAUGCAUUUUAAAUUGAGUUCUGUUACCCCUGGUGGUGCCAGUCCAGGUUUGGAUCCAUGGGAUUCUGCCAUGUAUUUUGGUGGAGUUUCCUCUCAUUCCCUCAAAUAUUAGUCCUACAAAGGCUGCAGGACCCUGUAAUGCAGCCAAGCUGAACUGGGGAAAAGGAGUUAAAGUGAUCCUAAAAGAGAGUGUGGUGUCAUGUUAAGGGCAUCUGAAUAACCUUGGUGAGGUUGUUACCAAGCCCAGUUUAUUUUAUAUAGAAAAAUAAAGGCAUAGCUUAAAAAAAAAAAAAAGGGAAAUUUUAAUAAAGUUGUAAAAUAUAUGUAAGGAAUUAGUAACUCAGAGAAACAGGUGAAAAUGCUACUUAGUCAAAUUUCAGAUUUCUUUCACUGUGUGUGGAAUCUACUCAAGAAGUCAGGAAAAAUAUUGUGAUUAAAUCCAUCCAGAGAAUUUGGGGAGGAGGUGGAAAUCAUUUCAGAUGUUAACGAGCCUCUCUCCUUUAUUCCCUUGAAGCUGGGAGCAGCCUUGCCUUGGUCUCAGGAUUUAUGGACCUGCCUCGGGAAUUUGGGAAACCAAAUUUCCUUGGCAGUGACACCAAUUCCUGUCUUGCCCAAGAGCAAGGCCUGCCCAGGGGUGGCACCUCCUGAUCAUCCCCUGCCUUAUCAAUAUUGCCUGAAAACCAAACUAAUCAACUGUGACAGCCCCUGUUCAAUCUGCUCUGCAGCACACAAUCCACAGAGCUCCAAAUUCUCUCUUUUGCCAACGGUGUGAACACAGAGCAAGGGAAAAGAAGCACAUCUGUAAUAGCACAAAUUGACAAUAAUUCCACUCCUGCACCUGGCAUCGUGGUUUUGGAACCAAGGGGGAGAUUUCUGAUCCAGCAUCAGUGGAUUUAUUGCAUUUUUGAUCUGUUUACUCGCUGCCUGAUACUUCAGCAGUUGAUUUUGUCAUUUUGCACAUGGGAUUGAUUUUUCAAUAACGUGUAUCCCUUCCAUAUAAAUCAAUUAAUGACAACAAAAAGAACCUUUCCAAAUCACAAAGCCCACUGCGUUCAUUUCUGAUUUCCUCCUGGAAGCUGAAAUCGCAUUUCUAACUUUAAUUUUGGCCAAUGUGUAGAUCUGGGAUGUGACUGGUGAAUCCGUCAGCAGCCCAAGGUCGGGAGUGAAACGCUCCCGGUGAAAGUUUGGAGCUUGGAGGUGGGAGAGGGAGGAGCACAGCACCCAGAACUCCCAAGAACUGCAGACCUGCAGGGACUGUGCGUGGGCCCAGGUGUGUUUGGGAUUUGGGACACACCUCUGGAUUCCCCCGGCGCAGACAGGGAGGGUCAGGCCAGCAAGGUGCAGCCCGUGUGUGAGCAGAGCGGGGAGAAAGUCGGGAUCAGCCAUUCCAGCUGCAGACUCCAGACCUUGGGCUCCUCACAUCCCGGGAAAUCUCUGUUUCUCAGCCCAGCUGGCUCCCAGGGAGAGCCUGGCAGCGCUGCCUCGCUGGGAGCCAGCUCAGAGCCACGCUGGUGAAGACAUUACUGCCUUUACUGGGACAGAGCCACCCCAAAUUUGUGUUUUCUGCUGAUUUUCCCUUUGUUUUGCCCUCUAGACCCCGUGUGUGUAGCACCCGACCAGGCAUGUGGGUACCAUAUACUAUGCAAUGUGUACAGUGGUGCAUGCUCUGCUCUCCCUCUGCUUUUAGUGGCUUUCAAAGAAAACGACAAAAAUGUAAAAAAAGAAAAAAAAAAAGAAAAGAAAAAAAAAAGUGGUGUUAUUUUUGUGACCAGGAUCAUGCAGACUGCAUGCCCAUAGUAUCCUCAUUUCUAUGGAUUCGUUUUCUGGAAUUUAGAUGUACAAAGAUGAACUGCAUUACAAUAACUUUUCUACAAUAAAUGAACAAAACUACCAAGCGUUUAAAAGUCUGUCCAGUCUCUUUGUGUCCUGCACUGAGAUGGGGAAAAUGCUCGAGACAGGCGGGAGAAACCCGGAGUCCUGUGGCAUUUCUGUUGUUUGCCAAUAGUUUUUGGCAGCAGCCUCACGUGUUACAUUUUUAGGAAAA